AUGAAACUGCUCAUCAGCGCAAGACUCGUCCAGAAUUUCCCCGAUCUGCAGCCUCAGCGAACAGCAUUGUGUGCGACAUUGCGCAUUGCGGGGUUGGGGCUGAUUGCCCUGAUUAUUUCCUGCCUCUCGUUGACGAGCCGCUCACUGAGCUGGUCUGCAUUCUACAUUCAGUCAGCUAGCAACGUUACUGUCACGCUUGCUUCUUCCCUAGCCUGGUCGGUGGCUGCCGCAUCUAUGAUCGGCCAGGUGCAAAAAUCUGCAGUGCAGUCAUACGAUCAUCGGCAUGGUCAAAGCCUAGAUUCCAUUCCCACACAGGACGACCGCGACUCUUCCAAUCAGAGUUGCUGA